CGGCGGCUGUCGCGGCGGCGCGAGCAGGCUCUCAGACGCGGUAUCGCGGCGGCGGCGGCAGCGGCAGCGGCGCGGCUCCACCGGGUCCCCUCCCUCCUCCGCUUCCCCUUCCUCCCCCUCCCCUCAGCCGUGGUUCCCGAGGAGUCCGAGGCACGCGGCGAGGCGGCGACAAGCUCUGGGUGAGGGUCUCUGGAGUGUGAGCGCCGUUUCCCGGGCGGAGGGAGCCUGGGUCGAGGAGGAGAGAGUGUGAGCGAGCACAAGCAGGUGGAGCUGCAGAAGAAGAGGGAGACUCCUUACUGAGCAGGGAGCCUGACUUUGCCUUGAUCCCAGCACCGUGGGAUUAUGACCUGACUGGAAGGCAGGUCAACUCACCCUCCAGAAAGUCCAUCCUCCCAAGAAGAAGGGACAGAAAGAAAGACCUCUUUGUAAGAAAGUCUUGGGUAUCCCAUGAACCAGACAGCAGAAAACCGAUUGGGGUGCAGCAGGACUCCAGAGCCAGAUAUAAGGCUCAGAAAAGGGCACCAACUGGAUGGUACAAGGAGAAGUCAUAAUGACAGCCAUCAAAGAAAUUUGGAGCCUGUUUUAGAGGCAUCUGUUCUUUCUUCCCAUCAUAAAAAAAUCUCUGAGGAACAUGAGUGCAAUGAUGAAGCUUCUCAGGAAGAUGAGGGGUUUAUGGGUAUGUCCCCUCUUUUACAAGCCCAUCAUGCUAUGGAAAGAAUGGAAGAAUUUGUUUGUAAGGUAUGGGAAGGUCGAUGGCGAGUAAUCCCUCAUGAUGUACUACCAGACUGGCUUAAGGAUAAUGAUUUCCUUUUACAUGGACAUCGGCCCCCAAUGCCUUCUUUCCGGGCCUGUUUUAAGAGCAUUUUCAGAAUACAUACAGAGACAGGCAACAUCUGGACACAUCUUUUAGGUUGUGUAUUCUUCCUGUGCCUGGGGAUCUUUUAUAUGUUUCGCCCAAACAUCUCCUUUGUGGCCCCUCUGCAGGAGAAGGUGGUCUUUGGAUUAUUCUUCUUGGGGGCCAUUCUCUGCCUUUCUUUUUCAUGGCUCUUCCACACAGUCUACUGCCACUCAGAAGGGGUCUCCCGGCUCUUCUCUAAAUUGGAUUACUCUGGUAUUGCUCUUCUGAUAAUGGGAAGUUUUGUUCCAUGGCUUUAUUAUUCUUUCUACUGUAAUCCACAACCUUGCUUCAUCUACUUAAUUGUCAUCUGUGUGCUGGGCAUUGCUGCCAUUAUAGUUUCUCAGUGGGACAUGUUUGCUACCCCUCAGUAUCGAGGAGUAAGAGCAGGAGUAUUUUUGGGCCUUGGUCUGAGUGGAAUCAUUCCUACCUUGCACUAUGUCAUCGCGGAGGGGUUCUUGAAGGCAGCCACCAUAGGGCAGAUCGGCUGGCUCAUGCUAAUGGCCAGCCUCUACAUCACAGGCGCCGCCCUCUAUGCUGCCCGCAUCCCUGAGCGCUUCUUUCCUGGCAAAUGUGAUAUCUGGUUUCACUCUCAUCAGCUAUUUCACAUCUUUGUGGUGGCGGGCGCGUUUGUUCACUUCCACGGCGUCUCGAACCUCCAGGAGUUCCGUUUCAUGAUUGGUGGAGGCUGCAGCGAAGAGGACACACUGUGACACCUUCUGUGAGCCAGGGACCCUGAACAGAGCCUGUAGCAUCUGCAGGCCUCCCUUUCCGGCCAUUGAGGCCAGUGCCAGAAGAGCCCCGAAACUUUGACAGCCUCAUGGGCUUUGUGAUGCCCCCGGGGCUCCACCUGGUACACGACUGAGAAGAGAAAAACAAAAAUAAACCAUACCUCAAAGGAUGAA